AUGGCACUUAUAUUUGGUAGCAUCCAUACUGAGAGUGUCUCACACUCCAUCCUGGUACUGGACAUGGCCAAGAUUCUGUUGGAUAAUUAUUGUUUUCCAGAAAAUCUGGUGGGAAUGCAGGAAGCCAUUGAACAAGCCAUCAAGAGUGGGGAGACUUUGGAUAUCUCAGAUCCUAAAAUCUUGGCAACAGCUCUGACAGCUGGACUUCAAGGAACUUUGAAUGAUCCACGGCUGGUAGUAUCUUACGAAGCUUUGGCUCCUUCAGUCCCUGAGAAAGAAGCGGAUGCUUCUCUACCAUUAGAAGUACUUUUAGAGGUUAUCCAGCAUACAGUCAAAUCUGAAGUGCUGGGUGACAAUGUAGGCUACUUAAGAAUAGACUACAUCGUCGGGGAGAACAUUGUGCAGCAAAUUGGUGCUUUCCUGGUAGAAAAGGUGUGGAAGCCCUUGAUGGAGACAUCAGCUCUGGUCUUAGAUCUGCGUUACACCACUGGAGGGAAGAUCUCGGGCCUUCCAUUUGUUAUCUCCUAUUUGUACAAUGAGGACAAACUGCUGCACGUGGACACUGUCUACAACCGGCCUUCUAACAGCACUGUGGAAAUCUGGACCUUUCCGAAAGUGCUGGGCAUGAGAUAUGGUAAGAACAAGGAAGUCGUUUUGCUGACCAGUAAACACACCUCUGGGGUGGCCGAAGAUGUGGCUUAUAUCCUCCAGCAAAUGCACAGGGCCAUCAUAGUGGGUGAAAGGACAGCAGGAGGCUCCUUGGACCUCCGGAAAUUGCAGAUUGGGGCUUCCCAGUUCUACAUGACUGUUCCUGUGUCGUGUUCUAUGAGCCCCUUAAGUGGCGGUGGCCAGAGCUGGGAACUGAGUGGGGUAAUGCCAAGCAUCGCCGUUCCAGCAGAGCGAGCCCUUGGUGAUGCUCUGGCCAUUCUGUCCUUUCGCAAAGCGAUUCCUGACAACGUCAGUCACUUAAUGCACGUCUUGCAGAACAAUUACUCAAUAGUUGAACAGGUUCCAGCUUUACUUCAACGACUCUCUGCAUUCGAUUAUUCAGCCAUCCUGUCAGAAACAGAUCUGGCUUUCAAACUAAAUACAGAAUUGCAAAGCAUAGCUAAAGACCCACGACUUUUCUUGUGGACUACCACAACUGGUGAGGCUACGGUUAUGGCAGCUGAAGAGCCCAUGGACAUGAACACAGAGCUGCCGGAUGGCGAACAACUCAAACAAAUCCUGGCUGCUGUUUUUCAAGUGUCAGUGCUAUCUGAAAAUGUAGGUUACCUGCGUUUUGAUCAAUUUCCCGAUGCUGGAGUGCUGAUCAAGCUGGAGCCCUACAUCAUCAAUCAAGUCUGGGAACCUUUGCAGGCAACAGAUUAUUUGAUCAUUGACCUGCGCUACAACCAUGGUGGACCAUUUUCAGAUGCUGUACCAGUCCUAUUAUCUUACUUCCAAGAUCCCUCUGCUGGUCCUGUGCAUUUGUUUACCACCUAUAACAGACUCACAAACCAGACCCACAUUUACAACAGUAGAGUUGAAUUGCUAGGCAAGCCCUAUGGGACUCAGCGUGGCAUCUAUUUACUCACCAGCCAUUUCACAGCUACAACGGCGGAGGAGUUUGCCUACCUGAUGCAAUCCCUCGGCCGGGCUACUCUGAUUGGUGAAAUUACUGCCGGCAGCCUGGCCCACUCACACCCCUUCUGCAUACUCAGGUUAAAAGAAGAGGAAGGCUGCAGCCUCUUUAUCAAUGUGCCAUUUGUCACCUUCAUUGAUCACCAUGGUGAAUAUUGGCUGGAUGGCGAAGUGGUGCCUGAUGCCAUCGUGCUGGCCGAUGAGGCUCUGGAGAAAGCCCGAGAAGUGUUGGCAUUCCACAGAGAGAUGGGAGCGCUGAUUGAGGAGCUUGGGCUGUUGCUUGAAGCUCAUUACGCCAUACCAGAGGUGGCCACGCGGGCAAGAGGCAUAUUAAACUCCAAGCUGGCUCAAGGAGGCUAUCGCACAGCAGUGGAUUUUGAAAUGCUUGCCUUGCAGUUGACCACUGACCUUCAAGAAGCUUCUGGGGAUCACCAGUUGCAUACAUCUUACAACCAUGUGGAAACUUUCUUACAAGAACAGCUUCCCAACAAGACUCUGACCCCCGAGGAGAUCCGUUACAUAAUUGAGGAUCUGUUCAAGGUAGACAUUUUGCCUGGCAAUGUAGGAUAUUUGCGCUUUGACUUGAUGGCUGAAGCAGAGAUGGUGAAGGCCAUUGGACCCCAACUGUUGCAUAUUUGGGACAAGCUUAUGACCACAGAUGCUAUGAUUGUUGACAUGCGCUACAACACGGGCAGUUAUUCCACCGCAGUGCCCAUCUUUUGUUCCUAUUUCUUUGACAGUGAGCCCCAGCAGCACCUUUACACGCUCUUUGACCGCAGCACCACUCGAAGCACGGAAGUGUGGACCUUGCCACAUCUCUCUGGCAAACGAUACGGCUCGGCGAAGGAUAUCUACAUCUUAGUUAGCCAUGUGAGUGGAUCGGCAGCUGAAGCCUUCGCUCGCUCUCUGAAGGAUCUCAGUCGGGCCACAGUCAUUGGGGAGCCCACGCUGGGAGGCUCGUUGUCUGCAAGUGUUUACCAUUUGGGCAGCAGCCCCUUGUACGCUUCCAUCCCCAGCAAGGUGGUGCUGAGCCCCGUCACGGGCAGAGUGUGGAGCCUCUCUGGUGUACAGCCGCACGUCACCAGUCAGGCUUCAGAAGCCAUGACCUCCGCCCUGAACAUCGUUGCUUUGCGCUCCAGCCUCCCCAGCAUUUUGCAGACGGUGGGCAAACUGGUGGCUGACAACUACGCUUUUGCUGAUGUUGGGACUACGGUGGCAGACAAACUUUCCGAUGAUGCCAAAAAAGACACAUACCGGAAGAUCAAUUGUGAAAUGAAACUUGCUGAAAAAAUUGCAGCUGACCUAAAAGCACUUUCUGGAGAUAAACACUUGAAAAUAACCCAUGUUCCUGAGCACCCACGCAACCAUAUUCCAGGGAUCACGCCCAUGCAAAUUCUUUCCCCAGAAAUGUUAGAAGACCACAUUAAGUUUUCUUUCCAAACCAAAGUGUUCGAGAAUAACAUUGGUUACCUCAGAUUUGAUACGUUUUGGGACAGUGACCUUUGGCCUCGGUUCUCUGAGCUGAUGGUGGAAAAUGUCUGGAAGAAGGUGGUCCACACGGAAGCACUAAUCCUUGACAUGAGGUACAACACCGGAACGGGGCCCGUCUCCUCUGUGGCAACUCUGUGCUCUUACUUCUUCGAUGAAGGACAUCCAGUUCUACUGGACAAAGUCUACUACAGACCCAAUAAUACUCCCAGUGAUCUUUGGACUCUUUCCCAACUUUUAGGUCAGAGGUACGGCUCCGGGAAGAGCGUGGUCAUUCUCACCAGCUCUGUGACCGCUGGGACUGCUGAACAAUUUGUGUCCAUCAUGAAGAGGCUGGGCAGAGCCUUGAUCAUCGGACAAAGGACCAGUGGGGGUUGCCUCCCUCCUCAGACGUUUCAUGUGGAUGGGACUGGCCUCUAUGUCACCAUCCCAACUUCUAGAUCCACCAUUUCUUCUGAGGACUCUUGGGAGGGUGUCGGAGUGGAUCCUCAUGUGGCGGUUCCCAUUGAGAAAUCUCUCAUCCAAGCCAAAGAGAUUCUUGUUUCCCACCUCCAUAGUCUGAGUUAG